GUGAAGUAUGAAUAAGGUCAUAUUAGGCAUUACUUUAGCUCAAUUGUCGGUGGGUAUUGUCGCAAAAGGUAGAACUGCUUUUUCAGCUUCAGCUACUUGUAUCCAAAUUUCGCGUAAUUUUUCAAAAAACUGCUCCAAAAUAAUGGCUGCUGGUAAAUAUAAGAUUGUAAUGGUUCGCCAUGGUGAAUCCGAGUGGAAUUUAAAAAAUCAAUUCUGUGGCUGGUUCGAUGCUGAACUAAGUGAAAAUGGAAAGAAAGAAGCUGAAGCCGCUGGCGAAGCUGUUAAAGCAGCUGGCUUGAAAUUUGAUGUCGCUCAUACUUCCGUUUUAACUCGUGCCCAAUGCACAUUGAAUGCCAUCCUCACAAAAAUUGGUCAAACAGACAUUCCAGUAUGUAAAACCUGGCGUUUAAAUGAACGUCACUAUGGUGGUUUGACAGGUUUAAACAAAGCCGAAACUGCUGCCAAGUAUGGUGAAGAUCAAGUCAAAAUUUGGCGCCGUAGUUUUGACACUCCCCCACCACCAAUGGAACCAGGUCAUGCUUAUUACGACAAUAUCGUUAAGGAUCCCCGUUAUGCCACUGAACCCAAAAAGGAAGAAUUUCCCAUGUUUGAGUCCUUAAAACUUACCAUUGAACGUACCCUUCCCUACUGGAAUGAUGUCAUUAUUCCCCAAAUGAAAGAAGGCAAACGCAUUUUAAUUGCAGCUCAUGGUAACAGUUUGCGUGGUAUCGUGAAGCACUUGGACAAUUUGUCGGAAGAUGCUAUCAUGGGAUUGAACUUACCAACUGGUAUUCCCUUUGUUUAUGAAUUAGAUGAGAACUUCAAACCCGUCGUUUCAAUGAAAUUCUUGGGAGACGAGGAAACUGUUAAAAAGGCUAUUGAAGCAGUUGCUGCACAAGGCAAAGCCAAGUAAAUUAUGGCAUUUAAUUGAAUUGGGACAAUUUACAUUGAAAAAAUACCUUGCACAUGAUAGCAUAUUUACUUUCUCCACAUCCAUAUAUGCAUAAUUAGAUGUUACAUACAUAUUUAUUAUUUUGGAAUGAAACGCUAUACUAUAUAAGUUGUUAUAUUCAAAUCACUUGAAUAAAUAAAUGUUUUAAAUAGAAGUGUGUUCAAAAUUAAAA